AUGCAGCCUUAGUUUAUAGGGUUGAAGAUGGCCGCCAUCAUAACGCUGGAGUUUGACAAAGGGAGAAGUGUUUUUAAGGUAAAAAAAAUGUACCAGAAAAAGCAAAAGAUAAAAGAUUAUUGACAUUGUAAAAUAGAAUGGUCCAUAUAGCAUUUUAAAGGAACCUCCUUCAAUAUUUAUUAGGGAGAGAAGCGCCAAUAAAUUUAGAGAGCAAUUGUCGGCUCUCCUCAGAGCCUCAGAACCCUGGAAGGGCGGUCUCAAAUUAAAAAUAGAAUACUAAGUCAGGUACGUCAGUCUGAUCGAAUUUCGUAUUAUCACAUGUAAUCUUACGUGUAUUCUUUAUAAAAUUUAGUCCAGACCGUAUUAGUUAGCACUAAGACUAAAUUGUACAGCAAUAACUUUUCUUGGCUACUAUAGUAUAAGUAUAGUAUAGUCUAUAGUAAAGUAAAUACCUUGGUCUUGGUAUCGACUGGAAAUACCCGAAAAACGGAUAUCGUAUAUUCGUUGUCAUAAUGGCGACCUCUACUUUUUAAUUUACUGAGGGUAUCGUUUCGCGCUUUAUAAUUGAUUUUUAGCAUAUUAAUAUAAUUUUACUUCCGCCAAUUACUUAAAGCCGACAUCUUUCCUGUUAUUGUUAUAUUAAGAGUUCGUUUGAUUUUUUGGGUCAAGAUUAAAGCUUUGAAAAUUGAAGUUAAAAAUUGGUCAACUUCACACAAGAAUAACUUUUAAAAAAAAAUGCGCUCCGUAAUAAAAAAACUCCGCUCAUAUAAUUUAUAGGUUCAUUUACAUCAUAUCCAAAAUUCAUGAGUGUGGACUAUGGGUGGGCUUCAAAAACGAAUUUCCAAGAUGUCAUUUUUUUAGGCUAUGUAAUUUGUCAUCAUGGCCACCGUGCUUGUCUGCUUAUUUCCAAUUAUCGAUAGCACCCGUGGGGUAAUUAAUAAUUCAUUAAGUUGGUUAUCCAGAGGGUAAAAGGGAAAUAUAACUAACAAUAAAUCAUUUUAUAUAAAUAAAAAAUUUUUAUCACAUAAAUAAUUAUUAUUAGCUUAUUGAAUAUCAGUGAUUUUAAUUUUUGGGUUGGUUGCCAUGGACCUGGCUGACACUGACAUGGGAAUGAUGAGCUCUUGCCUUUGACUUAGAACUUAGAUAGUGAUAGGCUUAGUAAAAGUAUUAUAAUAGUAAUUAUACUAUUAUAAAUAGGGGUGUGCCGGAUCCGUUUUUUCCAACCGGAUCCGGAUCCGGAUUUUCUUAUGCGAAAUCCGCCGGAUCCGGAUUCCGGUUUCUCCCGGAUUCCGGAUUUUGGUACUAUUGGUAGAUACUUCGGUAAGUCAAGGUGGACUACUACUUUUUGUGUAUGGGAAUUCGCAAUCGGCGCCAAAAAAUCCGAGUUUUUAAUUUUCCGAUGUGUGUGUCUAUUUAUUAUUAAAUUAGUACUUUCGAUAUAUAUUUGAGUUCCGUUCCAUUUGGAUAAGUGUCUUACGAGAGACGCCAUGUUUCUACGCGUUCGCAGCAGGUUAUGCAGCUCGCUCAACCUAAUUUCGCCAUGGGGUUGGCCACGCCCCCCUUUUUAAUGGCGGAAGUUGACGAUACUUAGGAAAUAUUAAUUUAUUAUCACUAUUUACAUCAAAAUAAUUGAUAACUUGUGUUUCAGAAUGCAUUUAAAGACAUUUAAACUGGAAUGUUUUAAUUUGAGCUUUAACAACCCGGUAGAAUCCAUAUUAUAAAUGAUCAGAAUUUACCGUGUGCAACACGUUGUCAUUGGCAACCAUUCACAGCCACUUGCAUAACUGUAUCGUAGUACUACCUCAGAGUUUCAUUCAUAAGAGUUUGCCGUGUGCAAAAACUAUUAAACCAUUGGUCAGGGAAAGCUUUAAUUAAUUAUUCAUGUGCCAAAGUUGAAAGUUUAAACUAAGUCUAAACAGUAUUUUAGUGAUAAGGCAGGGAAUGCGUUGCCUUAUAUAAACUAUAUAGUCAUUGCGCAUGACGGGAUUGGUGGAAUGAGAUCACAGAAUGUGGAGAUGCAGUCCAUGUUAAAAAAUGACAAACCAAGUCGUACUUUAAAAAUUCAUAACUUUAAAACUACAACAGCUAAAAAUAUGAUUUUGGUGUUAUAAUUCUUUAAAAAAUUACAUCUUUUCAACUAUGCCAUUGGUUUAUUUUUACAAAAAGUUUAAAUUUUCUUAUCAAAGUCCCUACACUAUUGGCCACUAUUAGCGGUGCUGACUCUAGCCUCUGGUAUGUACGGAAUAUUAAACAUUAAACAAGCUCAACGCUCGAAACAAUCGAUUAAUGUAUCGUGAUCGUGUGGAAUUCGGGAAAGAGAAUUACUUUUAUUUCAGAUUAUGAUCCGGUGAGUCACAAAAUCUGGCAAAUUCCGAAAUCCGGUAUAUUCCAGAUUCCGGAAUCCGGUUGUUCCGGAUACAUGUAAAUCCGGCGGAACCGGAUUUCACCGGAUAGUGCAAAAUCCGGCGGAACCGGAUUCCGGACCGGGGUCCGGCACACCCCUAAUUAUAAAUGAUUUAAGGAGUGGGAUAAAUAGCUUUUAUUACAACUAAGAUAUUUAUCAUUUAUAUUAGUCUAUAAAUAUAGACAGAUAUUUAUUUAUAUAAAUAUAUAUAUAGAUAUAAUGAUAUAAUGACCAUAGGAUAGGCCUUGUAUACAUAUAGUAUAAUACAAAGUAUACUAUAUCAGGGUUAAGGCCUAGACCCAACCCAACUAAUUUGUAGGGCCUAUUAUAAUAAAUUAUAUUUAAGGAUAUUUUAGGAUAUGUAAUAAAAUUUUAAUGAAUAUAGUGAUUCUUACUUAAGGCAUAAACUAAGUAAAACAUUUUAAAAUAUUCACUUACCUUUGGUAUUGAAAUAUCCUAUAUUUAAUCACAAAUCAUAAUAUUCCACCCAUUUUUGUAACGUUAGGAGUAUUCUUAUCUGAAUCCUCACUGUUGCCAUAGUAACAAAGUGGUUUUGAAAAAAAUUCUUAACUUUAGAACGACUUGAGCCAGAAAGUUGAUCUGGGUGUUUUUUAAUCCAUUCUCUAGGCUCUAUACAUUCGUGGUAUUUUUAUAUUUUUAAAAAUGUUUUGAAAUUUGUAUGAAAUUGCCGACAGUACCACUAUUACUAGUAUUACUAUUACUAUCAGUACUAUCACCAUUCUAUUACUAUUUCCCUAAACCGACCCAUCAGAAUGCUGAAAAUCAUCAUUGGAAUCAGAUUCAAAUGAUUCAUGGUUAUUGUCUGUUGUUUCAGCAUCAAUAAUUAGCAAUAAAAGUUCUUUUAUUUGCAAAAUUGACUACCUACGUGGUCUAGCAACAGCUGACAUGCUUGGAGUGGGCGUAGCCAUGGCUUUGUUUACAAAAAAAACACUUGCAAAACAUGCCCUACUUCUUAAAAAAAGGAAGUAGUAAGAGUUAUCCUUCGUUUAAGAACAAAAAAAGUCGGAUUAAGAGCCAUAGGAAACGAAAUAAACUAUAUAAAUGAUAUCGACAGUAUACUGUGGGUUGGCACGAACGCGACCAGUCAAAUCGACAGUAUACUGUCGUUUGACACGGAAAGAAUUAAAGCUUUCCCUGACCAAUGGUUCAAUAGCUUUUGCACACGGCAAACUCUUAUGAAUGAAACUCUGAGAUAGUACUACGAUAUAGCCGUUAUGCAAGUGGAUGUGAAUGGUUGCCAAUGACAACGUGUUGCACAAGGAAAAUUCUGAUCAUUUAUAAUAUGGACUCUACAGGAUUUUUUAAGCUCAAAUUAAAACAUUCCAGUUUAAAUGUCUUCAAAAUGCAUUCUGAAACACAAAAUAUAAAAUAUUUUGAUGUAAUAGUGGUAAUAAUUAAAUAUUUCCUAAGUAUCGGCAACUUCCGCCAUUAAAAAGGGGGCGUGGCCUACGCCAUGUCGAAAUUAGGCUGAGCCACCUUAUGGUGAUAUGGGUCACUGUGACAAUCGUAACAAACGUGAGACACGACCUACAUCAAUGAAACUUGGCACAGAUAUAGAUCAAUAUCUAAUGCUCAUACAGAUUUAAUCAAAAAGGGCCUUAUCUUAUUAUUUCACAAAAAAUUUUGUAUGCGAAGAUGCCUUAUAUAUAUACCAAAGAUUUUCAAAAUAAAGGUCGAUUGAAAAAAGCAAAAUAGCUGGCUAGAAAUGUAGGCCAAGAUGUCUUCCAAAUUAUAAGGCCGGAAACGGAACUCAAAUGUAUGUCGAGAGAACUAAUUUAAUAAUAAAUAGACACACACAUCGGAAAAUUAAAAACUUGGAUUUUUCGGCGCCGACGCCCAUUUCCGAUACACAAAAAAUAGUAGUCUCCCUUGUUUCAUCGAAGUAUCUGCCAUAGGUACUUUGAUUAAAAAAUUAAAACUUUUUGUAAAAAUAAACCAAUGGCAUAAUUGAAAAAAGCUAAUUUUUUUAAAGAAUUAUAACACCAAAAUCAUAUUUUUAGCUGUUGUAGUUUUAAAGUUAUGAAUUUUUAAAGUAAGACUUAAUUUGUCCUUUCUUAACAUGGACCUCAUCUCUAUUUUCUGGUACCCAAUUCCGCUGUUCGCGUCACGAGCUAUAUAACUCUUGUUUUAUGAUAAUUUUAUUUUCAGAACUAAUGCUGUAUUAAAAAAAUAAUUUUAAUAAUGUUAACAAUUAUAAAUUAUAGCUUAUCUAACUAUGCACUAUUUAUAUCAUCAGUAAAUUUAAUAUAAUGUAUUAAUAUAUGGCUUUUCUGUUUACCAAAUCUUCAGCGUCCAUUUUAUUGGUAAAUGCUAUAUAGUCUAUAUAAGACAACCCACCCCCUAAAAUGUUGUUUGGUAUGUACUUCUUCUUCUUCUUUAUUUUAAGGGCCCACGAUCAAUGAAUUGAUCAUUCUGGCUCCUAUGUUUCAGAGGGGUUUGCGAUGUUACUGUCCAUGGGUUUCAAUGGGAUACUUCACUGGUUGCAAGGGCGACUCAGCAGUGGUGUUAUGAACUGGGGGUUGGAAUACAGGAGGCAAUAGACACAAAUGUGUCUAGUGUAGCUGCUUCAACGGUUGCUUUUGGAAGCUUGUUCCAGUCCCCUAUUGUCUUCGGCAGGAAUGAGGAGCUUCUGUACUUUGUUCUUGUUUUUACCCUUGUUUUUACUUAUUUUGAACUUUCAACUUCAGCACAUGACUAAUUAACUAAACUUGAUUAAAGCUUUCCCUGACCAAUGGUGUUAAUAGUUUUUGCACACGGCAAACUCUUAUGAAUGAAACUUGAGGUAGUCGUUUGUACUACGGCAUAGCAGUAUGCAAACGGCUGUGGUUUCCCAUGACUUUUUGCACACAGUCAAUUCUGAUCGCUAAUAAUAUGGACUCUACCGGGAUUUUAAAGCUCAAAUUUAAAAAUUCUAGUUUAAAUGUUUUCAAAAUGCAUUCUGAAACACAAGUUAUCAAAUAUUUUGAUGUAUAUAGAGAUAAUAAUGAAUAUUUCUUAAGCUAAGUAUAGCGUUUUCCCCCAUUUAAAAGGGGACGAGAUCACUAAUCCAUAAUAGCCUGUGCAUCCUUUGCAUAAUGAGGUCAACGUUGAGGAGAAUUGUGAAAAUGUUUCAUGAGCUAUCUCAAUGAAAUUUUGCACACGUGUACUUCAACAAAUUAUGCAGGCCUACUUUUAAUAUGAAAGACCUACUUUGAAUAUUUAGACCGAAUUUUUUAAUGCGAAGAUGCCUUAUGUUGACAUACGAUUUUCCUCACUUAAAGUUGAGAUAAAGAACAAAUUAACUCAAUGGGAAUGUAGUUCAACAUUUCUUCUAACGUUAAUGGGCGGAGUCAAACCUUAAUUAUGGGCCAAAAGGACUCCUAAUUUAUUCAAAUUACAUGCACAUGAAGAAAUUAAAAACUCGGAUCCUACUGCGCCGAUGCCCAUUUCCGAUACAAAUUUCUUCUUCUUCUAUAUCUUAAGGGCCCACGAUCAAUUUAUUGAUCAUUUUGGCUCCUAUGCAUGUAGAUUUACUAGGAGUGUCCCUUGCUUCGGCGAAGUAUCUACAUUACCACGGCUGCCAUCUUGGUUGUCAUUUGCGUGUUUAUUUUGGUUGUCAUUUGCGUGUUUAUUUUGGUUGUCAUUUGCGUGUUUAUUUAAGUUGCAGUGAAUUAGGGUUCAAGUUAGGUUUAGGGAUACAUUUUAGUGUUCAGGUUUUAGGCGAUACAUUUUAGGGUUCAGGUUAGAUUAAGGGGUAAGUGUAAAGAGAUAGCACAGUUUUUUUUUUACCAUGGCGAACUUAUGUCCUAAAUUUAUCCCUGAACCCUUAACCUAACCUGAACCCUAAACUUAUCCCAAACCUGGGUUUUGACCUUAUCGGAGCCAGGGUUUUGACCCUAUCGGAAUUAGGGACAAAACACACAAAUUACAUCAGGGCCAGGGUGCUAUCUCUUCACAUUAGCCGGUUUGGGGAUCCAUUUAGGGUUCAGGUUAGGUUUAGGGAUACAUUUAGGACAUAAGUUCAUGGGUUAUAACUAGGGGUGUGCCGGACCCCGGUCCGGAAUCCGGUUCCGCCGGAUUUUGCACUAUCCGGUGAAAUCCGGUUCCGCCGGAUUUACAUGUAUCCGGAACAACCGGAUUCCGGAAUCCGUAAUAUACCGGAUUUCGGAAUUUGCCAGAUUUUUGUGACUCACCGGAUCAUAAUCUGAAAUAAAAGUAAUUCUCUUUCCCGAAUUCCACACGAUCACGAUACAUUAAUCGAUUUUUUCGAGCGUUGAGCUUGUUUAAUGUUUAAUAUUCCGUACAUACCAGAGGCUAGAGUCAGCACUGCUAAUAGUGGCCAAUAGUGUAGGGACUUUGAUAAGAAAAUUUAAACUUUUUGUAAAAAUAAACCAAUGGCAUAGUUGAAAAGAUGUAAUUUUUUAAAGAAUUAUAACACCAAAAUCAUAUUUUUAGCUGUUGUAGUUUUAAAGUUAUGAAUUUUUAAAGUACGACUUGGUUUGUCAUUUUUUAACAUGGACUGCAUCUCCACAUUCUGUGAUCUCAUUCCGCCAAUCCCGUCAUGCGCAAUGACUAUAUAGUUUAUAUAAGGCAACGCAUUCCCUGCCUUAUCACUAAAAUACUGUUUAGACUUAGUUUAAACUUUCAACUUUGGCACAUGAAUAAUUAAUUAAAGCUUUCCCUGACCAAUGGUUUAAUAGUUUUUGCACACGGCAAACUCUUAUGAAUGAAACUUUCUGAUCAUUUAUAAUAUGGAUUCUACCGGGUUGUUAAAGCUCAAAUUAAAACAUUCCAGUUUAAAUGUCUUUAAAUGCAUUCUGAAACACAAGUUAUCAAUUAUUUUGAUGUAAAUAGUGAUAAUAUAUUAAUAUUUCCUAAGUAUCGUCAACUUCCGCCAUUAAAAAGGGGGGCGUGGCCAACCCCAUGGCGAAAUUAGGUUGAGCGAGCUGCAUGACCUGCUGCGAACGCGUAGAAACAUGGCGUCUCUCGUAAGACACUUAUCCAAAUGGAACGGAACUCAAAUAUAUAUCGAAAGUACUAAUUUAAUAAUAAAUAGACACACACAUCGGAAAAUUAAAAACUCGGAUUUUUUGGCGCCGAUUUCGAAUUCCCAUACACAAAAAGUAGUAGUCCACCUUGACUUACCGAAGUAUCUACCAAUAGUACCAAAAUCAGGGAGAAACCGGAAUCCGGAUUAUUCCGGAGUCCGGAUCCGGCGGAUUUCGCAUAAGAAAAUCCGGAUCCGGUUGGACAAAACGGAUCCGGCACACCCCUAGUUAUAACAACCAAGAUGGCGGCCAUGGUACUAUCUCUCCAAAUUUACAGUUUUUUUAAAAAUUCCCCCAACAAUCCUUACGAGUCAGCAUAUUUGAUACAUUUUAAAUAAGGAAAAUUAUCAAGAUUAUAAUAUUUUUUGUCGAAUAUUAACAAAAACUAAAAUUGUAUUUUGUGGCUUAAUUUUGAAGAACUGUGUUCUCUGUAAAUAUUAUAUUUUUGUCUCAUUUUAUAACAACGUUAUAGGCAUAAAAACAAUAGCAAUAUAAAGGGGACGAAAUGUGGAGGAAAAUCCCAUAGUGAAAAAGUGCUUUUGAGGUCCAUACUAAAAAAUUAAUUACUUUUGAACCACUUGAGCUAGAAAGUUGAUCUUGGUGUUUUUGUAAACCACUCUAUUGGCUCUAUACAGCUGUAGUAUUUUUAUAUUUUUUAAAAUGUUUAGAAAUUUUCAUCAAAGUUUCUACUGAUAGUUGGUGACUUAAAUGUAUUCUCUUAUUUUUAUGGUAAAUGCAAAGAAUGUAGGUACUACGAUGAAGCAAAGGAGAAUACUAAUUUUUGUGUAUUGAAAAUGGGGAAUCGGCGCCGAAAAAUACGUGUUUUAAAUUUUCCGAUGUGUGUGUUUAUUUAUUAUUAAAUGAAUACUUUUGACAAAUAUUUGAGUUCCGUUUCCGGCCUUACAUUUUGGUAGACAUUAUGGCCUACAUUUUCAUUGAUUUGUUUGGAUUUUUCAAUCGAAUAUAUAAUAGCCUGUAUUUUGAAAUUACCCUUAAAUAUAUAUUAGGCAUCUUUACCUAAAAAAUGUGUAUAGAAGUUCAACUUUUAUGUCUUUCAUAUUAAGACUUACUCUGUAUUAUCUAUCAAUGUAUAUUUCAGACCUGCAAAUCCUUCCGAUUUUGUCGGAAUUAUACACAUUUUUUACCCCUCAUUCCAACCUUCCGACAAACCCAUUAAAAUUCUAAUUUUUCGAACUUUAAAAUUUUUCACCCGUCAUAAAACUCCGAAAGUGGCCAAAAAAAAAAGACUGGAAGUGUUGCAUUUGUUUUUACUAUUUGCAUACAUGUCCGAUGACUGGACGAAUAAGUGAAUACGCUCUCGAGAUAUUCAUACGGCUAUUAUAUAUUGGACCAAGUCACAUGACCACCAUAACAAAGUUGCGCGAGAUAUUUGUCUGUCAGCCUUGUCACGUGACCGCUAUUUGUCGAUGAGAGUGUACUGUACGUCAUUUCAACAAAUUAAAGAUACUCUGGACAUUUACACGAAAAAGAAAUAUGAUCAAUUAUACAAAAGAAAUACUAGUACCAUUGCUGGUAUAUAUAAUGAACAAAUGGCUAAAAAGUGAUAAUGUUUUUAUAAAGCGUGGCAUGCCCGCCGGAUGAAUAUCUCCCGCACUAUUUUUCUGGUCCCCUGACGUGUAGACACUGCAUUGUUUUUAGCGAAGUGAACCGCAAUCUUCAAAUCAUUUUUCAAUUGAUCCAAUCGUGAUUCAUCCUUUUUACAAGACUAAAAAAUAAUUCUGUUGCGUACUGCUGUCUAUUGGGAGAAACUAAUCUCUUAUUUUUAGUUAUGGCUCGUUCUUAACAGUCCAUAAUAUGAGAAAUAUAAUAGUAAAAACAGUUCUAAUUACAAUUAAUAAGAUUUAUUUAGUUAUUAAUAUAAUUACAAAACAAAAUAAAUAUAAUUCAAAUAAUCAACUUACAGAGUAUGGGAUGUCUUGUACCGGUACCGGUACAAUGUUAGUACAAUGUGCCAAUUAAUAAUGUACAAUGAUGAAUGCGAAUAACCACAUAUGACUAACUUGUCUCGUGAAGUGAAAAAUAUCUAUCCUCGAUCUCCGUCCCUUAAUUUUUUCUGAACCCAUUAUAUAUGCAGCGUAAGACGCAUUCCAGAAACGACUUGGACAUUAUUUACUUUUCUAGUCCAGUCGUGAACUUUCCACAAAAUACUAUGAGAAUAGAUUAAUUAUUUUUAGUUGGUAGUGGUAGUAAACAAAGGCCAAGAUCAAAGGAAAUGGGCCACGCCCAAUACGAACACGGCGUCUAUAGUUAGAAAAGCUACAAUUUAUUAAUAAUUGUUAAUAUUAUUAAAAUUAUUUUUUAAUACAGCAUUAGUUCAGAAAAUAAAAUUAGCAUUAAAACAAGAGUUAUAUAGCUCGUGACGCGAACAGCGGAAUUGGGUCACAGAAUGUGGAGUGCGGUCCAUGUUGAAAAAUCACAAAUGAAGUCGUACUUUAAAAAUUCAUAACUAUAAAACUACACCAGCUAAAAAUAUGAUUUUAGUGUUAUAAUUCUUUAAAAAAUUAGCUCUAUUCAACUAUGACUAAACCAUUGGUUUAUUUUUACAAAAAGUUUUAAUAUUUUUAUCAAAGUACCUAGACUUAAAGAAUGGAUGCCAUGUUUUCACUUGGCCCCCAUCUUGGAUGUUAACCAAGAUGGCAACCAAAAAAAGUAGUGCAAAAUAUGUGUGCUAAAAAAAAAAAAUGAUAUGGGACUAAAUUACAUACAUAGAAAGUGAUAAAAUAAAAAGUGUAAUCAUCAAUUUUAACUAAAUGAACAAAUAACCCCUUUAUUAUUUGUUUAUAUUUAUAAAUGUUGAACAACUCCACAGAAAAUUUGAAAUUAAUAUCUUUAAAAAUAUUAUUAUUAUUUUGGGGAAAAUUUUUAAAAAUAUUUAAACAAAAUUAGUUAAUUAGUUAUAAAUAAGUGACAAGUCAGCAUAUUUAUGCAUUUUUAAUAGGAAAAUAAUUAAGUUUUUUAUUUUUGCGGAAUAUUAGCAAGAACUAAUUAUAUUUUGUGGCUUUAUUCAGAAGUAAUCUUAUGUUCCCUGUAAAUAAUGUAUUUUUUUAUCAUUUUAUAAUAAAGAUAUAGGUGUUAAAAAAAAAAGCAAAAGGAGGGUCACGAAAUGUGGAGGAAAACUCCAUAGUAAAAAAAGUGGUUUUGAGGUCCCUACUAAAAAAUUCAUAGCUAUUGAACCACUUGAACUAGAAAGUUGUUCUUGGUGUUUUUGUAAUCUAUUCUCCAUAUGCAGUAUUUUUAUAUUCAAAAAUUUUUUUUUGAAAUUUUCAGCAAAGUGCCUAAUAUUAAUAUGUUGCCAGAAAAACAUAUGCCGACGUUUUAGAGAGCCGUCUGGUCGUAGUGUGUUUCAAAAUUUAUUUUUUGUGUUUAGUCUCAUAAAUUUACUCCAAAUCAGAUUUUCAAGACAUAAAUGAUGUUUAUGUACUCUGGCGCCUCCAGUAAUAAACAGCUUAACAAGCCGACCAAGUUUUGGUCGCGCCCCCCCUGCCCCCAGAAAAAAACCUGAAAUGACGCCCCUGCCUUCCCAGCCGUGGGGGGGCAGAAGACCAGAAGAUUGUAUUUGCUGCCAUUGCUAGUUGUUAUUGCCUUUAAAAGAUAAACAGUUUUUAUGCAUUUUUAUUAUUUUUUUUUUUUGCUUGUUUUUUUUUAUAGAAAGUUAGCUAAAGAAAUAAUCAUACAGAAAAUACAUUAUUUAAUUAUUUUCAUAAUUCAAAUUUUAUUGGGGGAUGUGUGGGGGUGUUUAAAUCUGAAUGGAGCUGUAGUGCUGCAAAAAGGCUAAGAAUCUCUGCCCUAGAGCGUAUACUAAGACACAGACCCUCCCUCACUAAACAUUUUCUUUCCAUCCCACAUCAAAAGUCAGUCCUAAUCUAUGACUCCCACUCCACAUUGGCACAUAAAUUCUCUCAACUUUCACUACACCCCAAUUCUCCUCAUCCAUGGUCACUUGAUCAUUAAUUAUUGUUGUGUCAUAAAUUAUGAGAAGUGUAUUUCUCAUAGUAAUAUUUUACAAUUUGAUGGCAAUCAUGACAAAUAGGUAAUGUCUUUUUAAGGUAAGAAACCAUUACAUUAGCCUAAAGUUUUAAUUUUAUAGUUUAAACCAUUCUUCUUUUUUCUACCACAGAGUGUGCUGGAGAAGUCUCUUGUAGCUAGCGAUAUUGAAAGUUUGCUAAGCUUUGUGGAGGCUUAUCAAGAUGAAAUGUAAAUAUUUCUUUAUUCAGUAUGUUUGCUACAGUGUCAUCUGAGAUUAAGUAAAAACUGAACAAAAUAUUUGUUAUGGCUAAGGUCAAGCUUCACAAAAUAAAUGAUCUACUUUAAAGAUGAUUUUCUCAAUGUGACAAUGACUGCACAACUAAAAAAAACUUGCAGCUAAAACAUUUUGAUCUGAAAGCUCAUAUUCUGCUUGUCCAUUAUACAAAAUGGGUGUCGAUGCCUAUGUGUCAAACUUAUUAAUUCCCCCAAGAGCAGAAAGAUGAUGCAUUGGCCUUUUUUAAAGACUCUUCACUUUCACAGACUGGCCAAGGUUGACAGUUGUACAAUGCUAUCACCAUGACAAUGCUAUUAAGACUGAGCUGUGAUAUUUAAGUUUAGUUUUUUUUAUUGCCCUUCUUUCAAAAAAGCAUUAAUUUUUGGUGUGGUAAUUAAAAAGAGUCAAAAUCAUGUUUCCCAUUUUCAGUUUCCUGGAAAAGAGAACAGUUUUGGAUCAAGUAUUUAGAGACAUUCUUUGCAAAAUGAUAGUAAGUUACAUAUUGUAAUUUAUUUAAACUAUUGACAAUAUUCGUGUACCUGUUUGUACUAGUGAAGUUGAAAUGAGCAACAUUUAAAUUUCAAACUAAAAGAUUUCAAAAAAAAUUAUUCAUCAUUUUAUUCAAUAUCUUAACUAAACAGUUAUGUUACAGUACAAUACUUUUUUCUCCACAGUCUGAUGUUUCAAAAACAUCUCUCCUGAAAACUGUCAUUACAUUUGCUAUUCAAGCAGUAAAACAAGGUAAUUCCUGUUAAAAUAUGAAGAGCUCAUUUUUAAAACCUAUCUGCCAUUUUGAAAAAACUAUUUAAAAAAAAGUAAUUUUUGUAGAGUAAUUCAUGUACCUUUAUGCCACGGUAAUGGUUGUUCAUUUGGAAUGUUUUUAUAUUACCAAAUGCUUCAAAUUAUCAAAUUUUUUCGGACCAAUCCGUGGAAUAGCAAGUUACUUCUGCAGCAUUCUGGGCAAGAGCACCAAACAUCUCUAAGCAAAACAGUAAUGGUGGAUUAUGCUGGUAGCGAUGAAAGAGUUGUUUCUACUGUAGUUUUUUCUACUGUAAAAGCUAAAAAAAAGUAAGAAUGUUCAAUGCGAGAAAAAUACAAAUUAUUUUAUCAUUCCAUCUGAGGGGAGAUUACUUCUGUAUCAUGUAAUCACAUUAAAGAUUAAAGAUGAUUAAAGGAAAAAAUCCAGAACUAUGAGCCAAAAGUACUGCCUGUGCAGAGAAGGAGAUUAGAUACAAGUUUUGCUAGACUUCAUUUUGUUCUGUAUUGUGUAUGUAUACUUUUAGUGCAAUAAAUUAUUGGAUGAUAAAUAUUUUAAAAAAUAAGGCCGUCUUGCUAACUUAUUUUACAUAAACUUUUCUAACUUAUAAGGCUUGUUUUGAGUAAGAUAAAGGUCUUCAUUUUAAUUUAAAGGUAUUAAAUUUUAUGCAUAAAGUUAUUGCUAAAGUUCAUGUUACAAAACUGCAUGGUCAUGGUUACUAGACAUUAGGAGUGUUAAGAAAAUGAAAAGAUUUAUGUAUUAUUGUUUACAUAUUAUUUUUUAUUAAGUGUCAUUCUGGUUUAUAGAGACUAAUGAAAUAUAAAUUUUUAUUUUACCAGGAGACAAUUUAUUUUUAUUUUUUUAAAAUUAUAUUUUUAUUUUCAGUCAUAAAGCCUAAGAGUUUAAGAAUUCCCAGAAACUAGUUUAAACAUGGGACAACUAGACCAGAGAAUAGAGGGGGAGACAAGAAACUAGUAGCCUUAUCAGAAAAUAGCAACCAAACUCAUAGUCUCAUUAAAAAGGGGACUAACUGGGACAAUUUUAAACCAAAUGUAUUGGAGUCAAAGAACUGUGUUAAAAAUGCUUUUAAAAAAUGUCCUUCAUCUUCUAAGUAAGUUGGGUGCUGAUGACAGAAUACAUACUCCUAUGACCUGUGAUGCACCCUCCUUGCCCUGCCUUAUUUUCUAUCUCGGGUUGAUCCUGUAGUAUAGGCCAAAACGUGCCAAAGUGUCCUCGUUUUAUAGUCAUUUUAAUUGUUUCUAUUGUAUAGUAGUUACUAUCCUAGUGUCUCAUUUUUAUUUUACUUAGUUUACAUGUUUUUAAUCAUUAUAAAGCGCUUAGAGCUUUAAGGUAAGCGCUAUAUAAAAAAUGCCUAAAUAAAUAAAUAAAUUCUGUUAAAGAUACUGUACACUCAAGCAAAGCAGACAAUGCCUAAUUUUCUAUAUCUGAAUUUUUUUUCCUAAAUUUAAAUAAAAUGAUUUUUUAAUUGAAUUUUUUUUUCUUUCUACAAUUAUUUGUUUUAUAAAAACAUAAUCAUGAAUACAUUAUACACUAGUAUCAGUCUAUACAAUACAAAUUACAGGGGACUUUUCAGCAUUGUUAAAAUAUAUAAAUAGCAACUCAUUAACUCUUUCGCUGUGGCACAACACACAGUACGUUCAUCUACAGUGCUGAAAAGCACAGACAAACGCACUUUGCACAGUUUCAAUAGCAUGGUUGUUUCUUUGCUAUUUCUCGGUUAAACGUUUGAAGACUUAUUUUAUAAUUAGACUUUUACAGACGAGAGUGAUACUUCAUUGUUUAUGAGUGAAAGCAAGGUUUAUUUGUUGUCAUUUGAAGCUCUAUUUUAUUAAUAUUCUUGGUGUUUUUUGUUUUUUUUACUUUAUCGAUACUGUUGCUAUGAUUACCAAGGUCCUAUUGGUGUAAGUUUCCUAGACAAUUAAAACUCAACAAGCUUUGGAAAUGUGUUUAUACUAUUUCUAUGUCACUUGAGUUAAAGGUAUGACUGACAGGAUUCUUUUAAAGCUACUCAUUCUGACAGUAGGGAUAGGUCUAAAUUUAUUUUAACUUUUCAUCCCCAUAACCUUCUAGCUUGUUUUCUGGUUCUGAAAAAACCAUUCAAUUCUUAUGGUAGACCCUGUCACCAAUGAGAUUUUCAGAAAACCUCCUCUUUUCGCUUUUCGAAGGGAGAAGAACCUUAGGCACAUGCUAGUUAGAAGCCACCUUCCUGCUAUUAAAUUACAUAAAGGCACCAAAAGUUGCAAUCGUACCCGGUGUAAAAAAUGUUCCUACGUGAUUGAAAUAUUCAGAAUAAAAUAUGGCUUUAACUGCACAUGUCGCAACAUGAUUUACACCAUCCUUUUGUAAAAAGUGUGGUAAAUUAUUUGUAGGAGAGACUGGUCGUCGCCUUGGAGACCGCUUUAGAAAACAGCUCUAUAACAGAAAUAACAAGCCCUUUGACCGGUCUCCAAACAUUUCAAUAGUAAUAAUAAUAAUAAUAAAGUUUAUUUGAAAAACACGCUUCAUCCCCAAAAGCUAGAAGCGUGGUACAAAGUCAACCAUAUUAAAAAGAUAAAUAAAAACAAUCUAAAAUUUACCACAUUUAAAAACAGACGCAACAAUAUAAAGCUACAUACGAGCAUACCCAGUCAAAGUCUUUCAUCCCGUUUCAACCAUAAGCAACACAAGCCAAUAUACAUUAACUGAAAAAGAUGGAAUUUUAGACAUGGCAGUUACUGGUAUACUGUAUACAAGUAAUACAAGGGAUAGGAUCUAUAUGGAAAAUAAAUUAAUAAAAAGACUUGGUACGUUGACUCCAUACAGUAUAAACCAAAUCCACAAUUUUGCGUAGCUGCCAUGUCAAUUUCCUGUUUCUUUGUUUUGUUUUUUUAAAAUAUUUUACAUCAAAUUACUUCCUUUCUGUUCUUCUUUACUUUGUUUUUGCCUGGGUUUUUCACCCACUUCUAUUCUUUUCUAUUUUUCUAGGUUGGAUACAUGUAUAUAUCUUAUGUAAAUUUAAUUUAUACUUAUUUAAAUGUUUUGUUUUUUUGAAGGCAUUUGCUGAAAAUUUAACUUGUGUGUUAUGUAAAAUAAUUAUUAAAGCUGAACAUAUAUUGUUUUAUUGAUACAAAUUGUUCGUGUCUAAUUAAUCUAUGAUUAUGAAGAUAAUUUAGAUAUAGAUCCAUCACAUGAUUCUGAUAAUAGUAGUUAUAGAUGAUUUGAGUUAUAGCAGUGAAGAUGUAUGCCUACUUUAAGGGUUUGGGGAAAAAUGGUUUUGCAUUUCAUUUUUGCACAUUUUAAGUUUCUUGUCUGUUACUUAUUUAGUUAAACUUAAACGGAAGAAUUAAAUUUACAAACAUUCAAUUAUAUUUCAUUUAAUACCAAUUUUAGCCUUAUAAACCAAAAAAUAAUUUCUUUUUAAUAAACAAAACCUCUAACUCUUUUUCGUUCUUUAAAAAUGUAAAUUUUUUCAUUAAAAAAUUCCUCAGGGAAAGAGUUGAGCAUACAGAUUUAUAUAAAAUAUUUUAUUAAAUUUAAUUUAAGUUAAUUAAUAAACAAACUGAAAUAUUUGGUACUAGUAAUGUUAUCCUAUCAAAAUGGAUAAAGAGCAUUUUGUUUUUAAGUAAUAGUUCGAUAUGCAGCAUUUCAAAGAACGAAAAAAAAAAUAAAUAAAUAAACAUAAUUACCAUCAUUUAGAUUGUCAUCUUAGUCUAACUUAUAUUAUGAAUAUAUUUCUGAAUUGAGAUUUAAUUUUCCAAUAAUUUGAGUCAUCACUGUAUAGGGGAAAAAAAUGUAUUUUAAAACCCCAAAGCUAGAUAAACAGCAUUUAGAAAAUAAGCUCGUCAUAUAUUAAUUAAUUAGACAUACAUUCUUAUCAUUAAACCUAAAAGGGACAUGAUUAUAUUUAAUUUAUUUCAUCCCAAACCAUGUAAUCCAUUGUGAAAUAAUUCCCACAGCUGUUUGUCACUUUCUUAUUUGCAUUUUCAAGACUAAUGCCACAAAAGUUUGAAAUUGUUUACAAAUUGUAAUCCUUUAAGUUAAGUCUUCUUUUCUUCCUCUUCUCUUGAGUAGCAUACAGUGUAAAAACAAUUUUCAAAGUUAUUUAUAGAAUUUCAUAUACUUUUGUAUAACACUUAAUAAUUUUUUAAAUUAACUUAUUAGAUAUGUGUUCUCCAUCAACUCCUUUUCUGAUGAUGGCUGACAUUUUUGAUAUGCUAACAAUUAAGCGCUGUGAGGACAUAUUUGAUCUUGUUGAAGAUAAAGUAACAGUUUGGAAGUCUGUGAGUAACUUGUAUUAUUUCUGUUUAUUUAUAUAUAUUUAUAUUAUAUUAAUGCUUUAGUAUUCAAGUAUCCCAUGUACAGCCUUACUUGUGAACCAAAAUCCUGCUUUACAGCCGUUUAAACUGCUUCACUCAAUUACGUAAUUGGACAAAGUGUAACUAAUUUAUUUAAAGAGUUGGGAUUUUAUUUGAAUCAUAAAUGUUUAACAUUAUAAAUCAAGGAACUAUUACUUUAAUUUAAAUUCAUUCCAUUUUUGUUUUGAGGAAGGCACUAGACCAGGCCUACACAACUCAGAAUGUAAGGUGGGCCUUAAUACUAUAUGAAAAGCUUGUGCGGGCCAAAAGAAAAUAGGACAGGACUUGUGCGGACCAAAUGAAAAUAGGACAGGGGGGGAAGCUAUUAAGAAAAUAAUAAGAAUAAAGAAUAUUUCGUUACUUCACAGGCUGCAAAGUGGGUGCUGGCGGGCCAUAUGUUGUGCAAGACUAAACACCUAAAUUUGUAUUAUGACGUUUCUUAAGCAUAACAAAAUGUUUUACUUACACAAAUGUUUUGUGUCUUAUAAUUCUACUCAAGCUUUAUCUCAGUGCAACAGCUGUAUAUUUAGUUAAGAAAAUAUAAUGGGUAUUGAUUACUUACUUACUUUACUUACGCCUCUUUACCCCGUCUAGGGUAUCCACAAAAAUUUUCCAUAGUGGGACUGUUUUGACAUUUGUGUUAAAGAUUCUGACUUUGGUUUGCAGCUUCAGCUCGUUCGACUCCCAUAUUUUCUUUCAUAGCACAAAUGCUGAUCUAGCUUUUCCAAUUCAGACCCUUAUGCCUGUGUCGGAUCCACCAUUUAUGUCGAUGGUGCUGCCUAAGUAUGUGAAGGUCUCUACUUCUUCUAGUGCCUUUCCUGCCAGAGAGAUAUGCUCUUGUUUGGCUGAGUUUACCUUCAUGAUCUUUGCCUUACUUUUAUUUAUAUUGAGUCCAAGCUGUGCUAAAAUGGUGGCUACAUCUUUUGUCUUUUCCUGCAUUUGUUACUGGUUGUGGGACAGAAGUGCAAUGUCAUCAGCAAAGUCUAGGUUGUUCCCAGAGUAUCCACCGUAUCCAAUUCCUCUUUUUGUCUGUGGAUUUUUUUUUUACUAUCCAGUCAAUGGCAAGGAGGAAUAGGAAGGUGGACAAGAGAUAUCCUUGUCUGACUGCAGUUUCCACUUUUAAGUCAUCUGUGAGUCUACAUCGUGGAUCACCCUGCAUGUCAUUUCUUCAUAAGAGCUCUGACUGGUUUCCCUGUUACUCCAUAGUGGCGAAGAAGUUUCCACAAGGUUUGUUGGUCCAGGCUAUCAAGGGCCUUUUGUAGUCUAUAUGAAUUUAUAUAUUGGGGGGAGUUCCAUUCGAUAGACUGUUAUAAAAUAAUUCUUAGUGUUGCAAUUUGACCUGUGCAUGAUCUGUUUUGGUUGAAGCCAGCUUGUUGAUCUUGUAGCUGCAUGUCGACCUGGUCUUUCAUCUAUUCAAAAUAAUUCUGUUAAUGACCUUUCCUGGUACAGACAGCAGUGUAUUUCCUCUGUAAUUUGCACAAUUGCUGAGAUCCCUUUUCUGAGGUAUCCUUCUUUCCAAUCUUUUGGAACUCUCUCUUCUUCCCAUAUCUUUUCAAACAGAGGGUCAUCUAACAAUUGUAUCUGUAUCAGCUCUCAUCAUCUCUGCUGUGAUGUUAUCUGGUCCCGAUGCUUUCCCUAAUUUGAGCUGCUUGAUGACCAGAGCUAUUUCUUCCUUAUUUGAUGCUCUGUCUUCUAUUUGUAGGUCUUCAUUUGCUGGUUGUAUGUCUGGUGUGUCUGUGGGUGCGGGUCUGUUAAAUAGAUCCUUAAAGUAUUCCACCCAUCUUUUUUGUUGCUCUUUCCUUUCCGUUAUUGAUCUACCUUCUUUAUCUUUGACAGGUCUCUCCGGCCUUUUGUAUCUUCCUGACAGCUUUCUUGUUAUAUCAUAGUGCUCUUUCAAGUUGCCCCUCCUGGCUGCUUGUUCUGCUGUUGAUGCUAGACCAUUUAUGGAAGCAGUUUUAUCUUUUUUAUGUUGUUUUUACCUUUAGGUUUGCUUCUUUAUAUUUCUCUGCGCUUUCACUUUCUCCGCCCUGGUGCGGCUACUGUUAACCACACUUUUCAUUUCUUUUCUCUCUUUUAUUUUUUGCAGUGUGUUAAGUGAAAGCCAGUCUUAGUGUUUCUGCUUCACUGAUCCUAAAACCUCUUGGCAAGUGGACGUUACAGAUGUCUUUAUAUUUUGCCAUUUAUGUUGUACUUGGUCAUCUUCUUUUUGGUCUUCCAGUGCUUGGAACUUAUUUCUUAAGGUAGUACUGAAUUCCUCUCUUUUCUGCUCAUUUGCCAGAAGUGCUACAUUGAAUUUUUUUCGCUUAGCAGCUGGCUCCUCUUUUUGCUCGUACAUCUUGUAGAGACCUUCUAAAUAUUUUGCUGACUCAUAUGUGAUCUAUUUGGUUUUGCGUUUUGUUGUCCGGGGUUACCCAUGUUAUCUUGUGGAUGUUUUAUGCUGAAAUUCGCUGCCUCCAAUAACAAGUUCAUUUGUUGCGCAGAAGUCUGCUAGUCUUUCACCGUUCUCAUUUCUCUCUUGUAAACCAUGGUGUCCCAUAAAUUCCUUAUACCCACUGUUUUAUUUUCCGAUCUUGGGUAUCGAUUAGGGUUUAAAAAUCUUGUGGGGUAUAGUCAUUACUGUUGUGUGGAUAUUUUCCCAGAAAGUUUAGAUACUCGGUACAAUAUUGUAUGUUUGCUAGAUAAUUAUUUUAAUAUCUUUCAUAUCUAAUUAACUUGCACAUUUUUUUUAUUAAAAAAUAUUGCUUGUUGCUCCUUUCCAAAAUAAACACUUAAAUAUUUCUAGGAUGAUAUUACUUUCACUCAUAAUUUGCUGUAAAGAAUGUUGUGCUCUGAUGCCUAUUCAUUAGUUGGUAUAAAAAUAAUAGCUCUUGUUAUUAUGUAGUAUAUUUACAAAUAUAAAAAACAAAUAUUUUUUUUCUAAUAGGAACCAUUUUAUGAGUCAGGAAAAAACUAUUUGUUAAGAAUGUGCAAUGGUAAGUACUUAUUGGCGUAUAACACGCACUUUUUCUACCCGAAAAUAGGGGGCAAAUCAUGUGUGCGUGUUAUAUAUAAUGUUUCGUUUUUUUUUCCUGAAAUUUCCUUCUUAAAAUGAGGUGCGUGUUAUACGCCAAAAAAUACAGUAAUUUUGUAAGAAACAAAAAACAUAUUUCAGCUUAACUACAUUGCUUUUUCAAAGAGGAGAUAGUAUUUCAGUUGGAAUAAAUUAUAAAUGAAAAAUACUGAUUAUAAGAAAUUUGAGAUUUUUUCAUCCAAUUAUUUUAAGAUUAGAUGCAUCUAAUGAAUAAUAAAAUUUGAAGUGUUCCAUUUCCCUUUAAUUUCUUUCCUUCAAUGAAUACGUGCUGUUAGCAGCUAUUAAGUUUUAGAAUUUUUGUUUGCUUCUUGCUACCUAAUUUUAAAUACAUAUUUAUAGAUUUGAUAAGACGUUUAUCCAAGUCCCAAAAUACAGUUUUUUGUGGAAGGAUCCAGCUUUUUUUAUCCAGGUUGUUCCCACUUUCAGAAAAGUCUGGUAAGGUAUUACAAAUUUAAAAUUAUUAGGUGUUAUAAUUCUAAAUUUUAACAAAUGUUCUUAAGUUUAAAAAAAAAAUUAUUAAUGUUUCUCAAAUUGCUGCUAAAUAGCAAUAUUUAAAAAAAAAAAAUUUCUCCUAUAAUAUUAUUUCUAUUUCAGCAUUGAAUUUGGCUAGCCAGUUUAAUUUAGACAAUGUGACAAUUUAUGCAAAACAUGAAAAGUUGGAGCACGUAAGUUAAUUUGGUACUUAACGAAUAUUACUAUGAUCCUUUUUUUAAUAAAUGAAAAAGAUUUUAAAACAGGCUUAUUAUUGUUACACAAAUAUAUUUGAAAACUACACACAAAAAAUAAAUUAUAAACAUAGAUCUACUUGCUUAACAAAUUUUCAGGCUGAAGUAAUGGAGGUUGAUGAUGCUGGAGAUCAAUCUAGGUGAGAAAUGGAUUAGAUUCUAUAAAUAAUAUUGGAUAGUUCUGUAUUUUUAAAGAUAUGAUAGGUUUAUCAGUCACUCAAGAAUCAAAUGCUGGCUUGUGAUAUGAGUAUUUUCAAAUUACAUGUGUAAUUAAUUUUGAUAAAUUAUUAAUUUUUCAGAUUUUAUUAAAAAAAUGUUAACUUAUUUUUCUCAGUUCAAUUCCUAUAGACUAUCACCUGUACAGAAAGUUUUGGGCACUGCAAGACUUUUUUAGACGUCCAACUCAGUGCUAUGAUAAAUCUCUUUGGGAAUUUUUUUCUCAAGUAAGCUUGGUUGAAGAUUGCGGAAUAAGGAGGAAAAAGAAAAAAAAUAUGCAAAGAGAAAAAAGUGGAGAGUGAAUGAAAAAAAUGUAAGAUGAUUAUUAAGCAUGGUUAAGAAUGUAUUUCGUCCUUCACAUGGGAAGAUGACCAAGGCUAUAUUCGACACAAGUAUUUUUUGAGUGGCACAGUUAUUCUGAAGAGUGUGCUCCAACAGCUAGUCUGCCUUGCCAGUUGGUUUAAUCCCAUGAGUUAAACUCAAUGUCCAUUGAAUUUAAGGACACUUCUUUGGCAUUUUUUGAACUGAUUUCUCUUGCCACCAUGUGAGCCCCCCCCCCCGAAAGUGCAGCAUACCGUACCUAAGUUGUUACGCCAGUAUGAUAUCUGGAAUUCUUGAAUCCUGUGCAGCCCAUCUGGGUUGACCUUUUGUAAGAAUUUUCUCUGUUUUGCGUCCGAUAACUCUCCUGAGCAAAAAAGUUUUGUGGAGUCUGACAACAGUUGCACUUUUUUUUUCUUGCCACCAUGUGAGCCCCCCCCCCCCGAAAGUGCAGCAUACCGUACCUAAGUUGUUACGCCAGUAUGAUAUCUGGAAUUCUUGAAUCCUGUGCAGCCCAUCUGGGUUGACCUUUUGUAAGAAUUUAUGGAUGCGAAGAAAGCCAGCCUGUUGUAAUUAGCAUAAUCUUCAGAAUAGGGCACUUGGAAAUUAUGUUGUGGAUCUCAUCAUCUAUUGUUGCAGACCACUUGAGGGUGCUGCCAAAUUGAGUGAAAUUUUUCCACUGAAAUUUGAGGUUCCUUGUAAGAUUUUCCUGAUGCAAGAACACAUGCCUUCAAAGAAAGUGACAUUGGAUUUUAAUUCUUAGCAUCAGUCAUCUACUUUUUUUUUAAAAUACCUCUUUGUAGAAAAAAUGUCUAGUUCCCAAUAACUAUUUGACAUCAAUCAAUUGACCUGAUGUACAUUUGAUGAUUUCUGUACUUAAUAAACUGUACAAUCAAAAGUGUAAAAGGCAAGAAUAUACUGUACUAUAUGCUCUAAGUUCUUUAACUAACCUUUCUGAGGGAGUGUUAAUUUAUCUGAAAUAUAGGUUAUCUGAAACAUCUGUGAUCCCAAUUAGUUCAGAUAAUUAACGCUCUACUGUAGUUAUUAUCAGCACAAUUUUUAAAAAGUAAAAUUUUAAUCGAAAUUGUACAAGUACAAGCAUUUCAUUGAAAACUAUUUUUAAAAAGGAGGGGAGGGAGGGUAUGAGGUAGGUGUUUAAUGUGAGAAUUAUUAAAGGCUAGUAAACAAAGAAAAGCAACUUUAAUGUAUCCAUGACAAAAAAUAGUUUAUUUUUAAAUUCUUUAAAUUUUCUAUAAAUUAUCAAUAAACUCAACCCACUUCUAUUUUUAGAAUGCCAGUGAUGUUAUGUCAAUCUUUGCUAGUUAUAAACUAGAUGAUGUGUCUUCAACACGCAAAAAGGUUCCAACUACACAGCAGUCACACCAACAUGUACAAAACUUUUUUGCCAAAUACCUUACUAGUGAAAAAGUAAGUUAAAACAAAUUGGGUUUUCUGAAAUUAAUUGACUUCUUUAAAAAAAAAUAUUUACAGAAGUUUUAAAGAUUCUUAAAUAUAAAUGGUAUUACUCAACCUAAUAGAGUAAUGUUGCAGUACCGCUAAUAAAAAGCUUUAUUUAUAACUUCACAGCUCUUAGGAUCAAUCUAUUUUCUGUUAAAGUAUAGAAGUAUUAUUUAUUAUAUAGAUUAAAAUGUAUGAAUUUGAUACAAAUAUUUUUAUAUAUAAAAAUAAGAUAAUUUUUUUUUAGAACUGUAGUUAAACCAUGCAUUAAUUUAUGGCUUAGCUAAACGAAGGUAUAAUAACAUAUAAUAUAAUAUAAUAUAUCAGCUUCAAGUCUGGAUCAGCAAUAAACAUGAUUUUUUUAGAUAGUGAAAAAUAAGAAGAGAAAGUGAUGUAGCUCAAUUCAUUUCUAGCCUUAUACUGGUAUAAUUUUUAUUUUUAGCUGGGACAUUUUUUGUGUCUUUAUUGAAGCUUCACCAUUCAUUUAAAAUUUGGGAUUUACUCUUCAGGGCCGAUAUUGCAAAUUCAUAUAACUUAUUUCACUUUGAAAAAAAACAAAAAAAACUCUUUUUCUAAUUUGUAUUUUAGUUGCUGAAUCUUCAACUCAGUGAUAGCAACUUUCGUCGUUAUGUUCUUGUUCAAUUCCUUAUAAUCUUCCAGUACUUAAGAGCGACUGUCAAAUUUAAGACGUAAGUAAACUGUAGAUUUUAAUUAUAGCUCGACAUGUUGGCAAGAAAUUUAAAAAAAAUUUAAAUAAAAUUAAUUUUCUUGGCUGCUAUCAUUGCUAUAGAAUACAGUUUAAUCAUUUCAACAAAUUUUCAGUCAAGUACAAUCUCUAACUGAUGAGCAAUCUGAAUGGAUUAAGGAGUCACAAGAGAAAGUGAGCAAACUUUUAUGUGAGACUCCACCACACGGUGAACAAUUUUGUAAUUCUGUCAAGGUAUGUGAAAUAAUUGUGGUUGGUGUUAUCAAAUGAAAUAAAUUUAAAAAUUUGAAGUAGACUAACUGUAUUUAUGUUUAAUUAUAGUGUCAUAUUUUUUUAAUAAAAAAUUUCUAGGACUCGAUGAUGAUGAUAUCCUUGCUCUCAUAUUCACUUGCUUCAACAGUUUUUAUGGCUGAUAGCGGCUUGGGAAUUUGUGUUGAAAAAUUUGGUCCUGCUGAGAGUCUAAGAAUUAGUUGAAUUUCAUAAAUAUUUUUGUUCAUGCUUAGGUUCAUAAUGGUCAUUGAAGAGCAUAAAUUUUAGAUUUACAAGAUAAUUUGCCACCUUUUUUUUUUGAAAACUAAAAAACUGAAUUAGGAUUUUGCUCUCCAUAAACAAGUACAUGAAAAAAAAAUUAUUUGCAAAAGUCAUAUUCAUAUAUUUAUAAGCAUUGUUAAUGUUCAUCAAAUUUAGCUUUAGUUUUGAUUAUGGUUGAUUUUCAGCACAUUUUAGAAAGAGAAGAGCAUUGGAAUAACUGGAAGAAUGAGAGUUGUCCUAACUUUAUUAAGGAAAAGCAAAGAGACCAGAGCAAAGCAAAAACAAAGUAAAGUAACUUAAUAUUAAAAGUUGUAUCAUGUCAUUGUGCUAAUUAAUUACUCUUCUUUACAUGUUUUAGUCUUAAGAUCUGUAUUAACAAAAUAUGACUGUUUUCCAUCAAGUAAUCAAGUAUUUGUUUCCCCCUGUUGGCAGACCAAAGAGAAAAAGAAUUGGUGAUGAUUUGUUAGCAUCCAAUGGUAAAUCAUUAAAACUAGGUAAUUCAGAAUUGACAAGACUUUGGAACUUAAACUCUGACAAUAUGGAGGCAGCUAAGGCUGAAUCUAGAGUAUUUUUACCUAAACUGGAUGACUUCUUUGCCAAUGCUAUAGAACAAGCAGACCCUGAGGCUAUGGUGGAGGAGCAAUACAAGUAAGCCUUCACAUUGUAAUGGAUAUUAUCAGAGAUAUCAUAAUUUAACCAUAGUAAUGCUUUGAUGAACAGACAAGUUAGAAAAUUAUUAAAAAAUUAAUGCUGAAUGGAACUCAACACUUAAAUAUAUUUACAGUAGGGUGUAGAUUUUCCAAACACUGAUUAUCGGAUUACAACUCUUAUUAUUAUAGUUUGGGAUGAGCAUCACAUGGAAAAUUGUAUAAAAACACAGCACAUUAAAUUAUUAUUAUUAUAAGGGUCUUAUAUAGUGCAGUAUCCCAGCCUAGGGCUAGGCUCAUGGCACUUCACAUAAAAAUUAGCAAAAAGAAAGAAAAAAACAUGUCAUAAAAAAAAAAAAAAAAUUCUACUCCUGUCACACAAUCAUGUCAACAAAACUUUUGGUUAUCUGAUUAUUUCACCUUUUUUAGUUGCAAUGUUAAUUGUUAAGUUUGUGAUCUUUCAGGUUUUCUCUGUAUAUUAAUGUUAUAUUUCAUAUUGCUUUAACCUGAAUAUAGUACUCCCAUUAUCUUUGUAUUUUAAUAUUAACAAGGUAGGGGGCAAAAGGAACUAAAUAACAUAUUUAAGUGGGUCUGAAUCAAAAAAAAUAAAUAAAUAAAUUUAGAAAUUGCAAUUAAGCACCAAAAGUGUACAACUAUAACCAUAAGGUAAGAAUAGUUUGGUUUCUUUGCAAUUAUUUCUUUAGUGCCAUGGCAAUUGUCAUGGUCAGAGCCAUGUUUAUGUUAUGUGUAUGGUUUAAUAAUUUUAACAUUGAGCAAUGAUGUUUUUCCUUUGGAACUCCCCAUAUUUUCGCACCACUUUGACUCAGUCAUGAAAGGGUUAUGAGGCAUUUCAGGUGGGUGUGAAUAUUAAUAUGAAGGCAGAGAAUUGUUAUGGAAGUCAGGCUGUAUUUGUUUUAAGAAACGAGUGACUGAUUUGUUGCACUGGAUCCUGGAAAUUCCAUUGUUUAACUUGUGAACACUAUUGUUGAUGGUUGGUUUGUUGUGCUUUGUGUCUUGGCACAUCACAUGAAUAAUUAAAGUUUAUCUUUUAUUUCAAACCAUAUCGUGAAAUUUUUAUCAGAGAGAAAGAAAACGGAGUUUAGGCUCUGAUUCGAUAGUGUGUCUGUGGCCGCUGGAAGAGGGACCUACCCCUAGACAACAUUUCAUUAUAGCAAUGUCUGGUUAUCCAAAACAACACUGGUCCCAAUUAGUUUAAAAAAUAUACUCUCUACUGUAAAUAUAUAUUCUGAUACAAAAGUACAUUGUUAAAUUCAUUCUGGGCAUAAAAAUUGGUGCUAUGCUAUAAUUUAAGUUUUUAUUGCUGCAUUUUCAUUAAACAGAGACAUAAAUCAGCAGAACUUUCAGUGGAAGGCUUAUCGUCUCCUUGCCAGGUCUUCCCCUCAUUUUUUUGUUCAUACCAACACCCCAGGUCUACCAAUAAAUGUACAUCUAAAGGAUAUUGUUGAUAAGAUGGCAAAAGAAAUCAAUCCUGUAAGUUUUUAAGCUGUUAUUACUUUUUCAAUUUUUAUCAUUUAUCAAUUAGUGUAGAAAGACAUUAAAAAAAGUUAUUUCAAAUUGCUUCUUAUUCGAAUAAUUUUAAUAUCCAUUAACAUUUUAACAUAUUUAAUAAAUUUUAUUUUAGCAUCAUCAGAUGGUUGAACCUAAACCUGAAAUGGGUGUUGCUGAUGAAGAAGAUGACAUUAAAGAUAAUAAUGAAGAGCAUGAAGAGGAUGAUAUGAGAAAUGAACAAGGUUUUUAAGUUCAUUUGUUUUAUAUUUUAUAGUAAUUGUUAUAUUUACCUUAGGAAUUAUUUAUUGUAUUAUUUGUACUUGCCCCCAAUUUGUUUUCUUGACAUAUUUCUGUUUUAAACAAUUCUCUUUACAAGAUGAAGUAAACCCCCAGUUGCAACUGACCAAUGAUCAAAUCUGUUUGUUGGCUGACCAGAUUGGGACCCAAUGGAUCAGUCUAGGAGAGAAGCUUGGUCUUCCCCCUGAUGAUCUCACAUAUUUUAAAGACUCUUUUGAUGGGACUGCAGAGUCAGCCUUAAACAUGAUAACUGUUUGGCAGGUAAUUAAAUUACUUCGUUGAAGAUUAAAAAUAUAAAUCUCUUCAAAUUAUUGCUUGUUAUAAAGUCUGUUCUGAUUUUGCAACCUAGAAGGGAGCCCUCUUCAGCAUUAGACAUAAUGGGCAGUCAAAAAAAUUACCCGAUAAAUCACAAAACGAGCCCUGAUAAAAACAUGUUAACACACACAGACCUGUUUACCCUCAAACUCUUAAAAUCGUACAAUAUCAUCACAAAAUCGUUCAAUACAUUAUCUUAAUAGUAAAAAAUAAACUUACAGUAUAUAUAAUGUAUACAUCUCAAAAUCGUACAUUAUAAUUAUACGCUAAAAUAGUAAGAGUAAACAGGUCUGCACACAUGUAGAAACUGAAAUGGGAAGCAAACUCAUUUAUAUUCAUUUAAACAUUAGCAUUUUUAAUGACGUUUUUGCUAGCUGUCGAUUAUAUCGGCUGUGACACCACAGAUGAUCAGCCAUUAUGACAGUUAUCGAGUUAAGACAACUAAUAGUUCCAAAAACUAGGCAAUGGGAUUCUUAAUUGCAAAUACAUAGAGUGCUUGCAAAAAGAAGACGGUAACUGUUUCUCUUUUUAACAAAGAGAGUAUCUGUUGUUUGUCAGUUUAAUUAAAUGUUCAUUUUAUUUUCUUUCACACAUUUAUAUUUUUAUAAUAUUUAUUACAAUUUACAUUUAUUUUCUAGGAGGAGGACCCAGAACGAGAUUCUAUAGGACUUAUACGUGAAGCUCUGAAUGGGUUAAAACUAAGUAGAAUCCUUGAAACAUUGAAUGUCUCUUAAUCAGAAUGUGUUUUUGGUUGUGUUGUUUGAUAAUUUGAAAACUUCAGAUUAGCUUUGCAGUUGUUUAUGCAAAAGUAUCAAGCUUAAGAAAUUAUUGAAAUUGAAACAAUACAUGCAUUUUAUAAAAUACCGUACAUUUAGAUUUCAUUGGAAAAGAAACAUUUUUUUUGUGCGCAUUUUAAAUAAAAGACGAAUGAAUAUAUUAAAUGUAUUGUUAAUUGCUUAUUAUCAGUGACAAGUACCGCUAGUCAGUGUAGUGGGCAUACUGAAGAAUCUGUUCUUAGAAAAAUAGAUUUAAAAAAUGCUAUCAUAUAACACCUUUUCCAGCUUGUUUUGAUUUCUUUUUCUUGUAUUUCAACUUAGCAAUUAUUUCUAGAAAAACUAGCCUUCCCAGUUUUUGUUCUGUUCAGCAUGCAGAAGAAAACUUGAUAUUCAAGCCAUUAAAGGAGUUUGUUGACGGAUGAUUUCUAUGCUAGAGAAAUACUUUAGAUGUCUUGGUUUUAAAUUGUAAAAUAUUGUCUUGGACAAUAGUACCAUUAUUGAAAGAAAAUUUUCUCUCAUUGCUAAGAAUGGCUACCCUUGACACCAAAAAAUUAAUACUAAUUCAAUAGAUUGUUUUUGACUAUCUCAUAUAAACAAUAUUCAUAUCAUUUGGAGAAAGAGUAACAAUAUGGGUUACACCAAAGACCAAGAGGGUGAAAGCUAAAACUUUAAAUAUUGCAUUUUUAUUUUAAGACUGUUAGUGUUAUUUAAUUUGAUUUUAAAAAACUAGAUUCAUUUUUAUUCUAUUGAGAUCUCAAUGGAGUGGUUCAAAAUGGUAAUAGAGACGUAACCAGGGUACUAGUGUCUUUUAAGGUACCGGUAACGUACUAAUGAAGUUAAAUUCUGUCUCACAAGUGACAUAUCACUGCACAAAAUUUCAAUAAAAUUUCAAUAAAAUUGUUUUUUUAACAAUGGGUCAAAAAUAUAUUUCAAGAUUCGACCCAGACAGACAACAGACCUUUUUAAAACCUUGUAAAAACAUUUGGACCAGCUAUCAUAAAGUAUGAAAAUUUCUCAAAGAAAGUAAUAUUUUUCAUUGGGUUAAACUAACAAAAAACUAAGAAAACAAAAUAGCUAUACAUUUAUGUAAUAUACUUAGAGUCCUUGAUUUUAAACAUUAGGUGAAGUCACUUUUGUUUCAACUGGUACAAUGUUUACAGUGUUUAACUAGUGCAGAUUUAGCUAACGGUACUAGAAAAGACAUUAAUAUUUAUGCACCACAAAUAGGAUAACAUAGUUUUGGUACAAUAACUGGAUAGUAUAUUAAUAUUAAUGUAUUUCCUUGGAAAAUUUAAUUCAAGACAAGUAAAAAAAAAAAUGGCUUACAAUGUCAUCUGAUCUUUUAAUGAAGGUAAUUAAUGAAACAACCUUUAACUUAAAUAAAGAGGCAUUAAAUCGCAAUAAGGAUUUGAUUUUGAGAAUAUCUUUUGUCUUAUACUUAUACUUAUAGAAUGGGAAAAUUAAUAUUUUACAUAUGAUUACCUGAUUAGUGUAUACAUCUUGUGCAUCUAAAUUAAAUCAGAUUAAUAAGACACGAACAAAUUGUGUCACUAUAACACUAUAAGUAACGCUUUAAUAAUAAUUAUACACAAGUAAACGUUUCCGGACAUGCCUUCAUCAGUAAUUACAAAAAAACACAUUUAAAUAAGCAAAAAUUAAAUUUGCAUAAUAUAAAUAUACAUAUCCUACCCAAAAAAGAAAAAAACAUAAUUGUAAAAACCAAACAGGAAAAAGACUUAUUCUAAGAAUUGAAAAAGAACAUAUUAUUUUUACAAUUAUGUUCAAAUCACUUUCUCUCUACUCUUCUUUACUUUGUUUUUGUCUGGUUUUAGCGCCCUAUCCUAAUAUUUUCUUUUUUAGGUAGGAUAUUUAUAUUAUGUAAAUUUAAUUUAUACUUAUUUAAAAGUGUUUUUUUGUUUGCACUGAUGAAAGCAUUUGCCGAAACGUUUACUUGUGUAUAAUGUAUAAUUAUUAUUAAAGCAUAACUUAUAUUGUUAUAUUUUAUAUUGACACAAUUUGUUCCUGUCUUAUCUAUUUUAAAGCUUAAUUGCAGUCAAAAACUUUGUAUAAAUUAAAUCAGGUGGCUGAGGAGUGGCAUUUUCAAAUGAGGAACAGGAAGUAAAUUAUAAUGAAAUAAAAUAUUUAUUUUUAAAAACUUUGCUAAUUACAUUUUUAUUAGUAUUUUCCAGUUCUUAAACUUUAAACUUUAAAUGUUUUUUCAAUAUUUUAAUUAGAAAAUAUUUGCCCAUGAUUUGAAAAAUUCAUGAGAAUAUCUUGAUAUCUAAUAGAUAAUCUAUUACAAAAUAUACAUACAUGUAUUUUAAUUUUUUUUUUAAACAAAUCUUUUACUUGAAACUUUGCUGAAUAACUUGAAGAAUGAAGUGUACACUAAAG